CCAUCUAUUCUUUUCAAGUUUAAGAUGGCGACUAGUGUAGAGAUAUUUGAAGGUAUACAGCGUGACUGUGUUGGAAUGUUUGGUUUCGGGGCUUGUAUAUGGGCUGAUCCAGACAAAAUGAUGGAUGCACUUGUCAUUGAGGAUGCUUUUAUAGAAACCAAAUUCCCAGUAAAGAUGAAUGGAAAAAACACAACGUACGAUUAUUUCACUAAUGUUCUAAGAAGUGCUUGCAACAAGCCCAAGGACUUUGGCUCAACCUGUCAUUUUAUGUUGCUCUAUUGCUUGGGCAAUGGAGGCUGUGACCCUGAUGUUUAUCUACUCAUGGAAAAUGGAGACAAAUUUUAUAUUAAAGAUAUGAUUGAAAUCCUAAGCAACGAGGAGAGCCAACUAAUGGAUCCAGAGUAUAAUUAUACAUGCUUCCUGUUUUUUGAGAUCACCCUUCAAGAUGAGUCCCUUGCUAUAGGUGAUCCUAGGCUCCCAAGGGGGCCUAAAGUGGACAGGUUUGUCAUUGCAACGUCUGGUCUACAAAAACCUGGGUAUGUUGAGAAAGGUAAAACCUGGAGACAUAAACUGGCAGAAGCACUUUUUGAUGACUUUAAAAAUGGGACCGUGCUAAAUAAACUGGCAAAAUUAAAGAAAGAUUUUCUGCUGAUGCAGUACGUCAUUAAUGCUGGACAGCUUUUUCAACUAGAUUAUGAUUUGCAGACGAACACUUAUUACAAUGGUGUCAUGAUCACGUCAACAUCCUCCGAUAAAUCUCAAGACUUUGAAACUGACGAGAGAAAUAUAGCAACUACAUUUGGAGACCUCCGGUUCAAAAUCUUGGAUUUGUCUAAAAUAGUGACAGAGACUCUGCCAAGGGAGUCCGACACAUCUUUUGCUUUCAAUCUCCCGUCACUCAUAAAAGCUAUUACUUGCUAUGAAUAUUCAACUUCGGUUGCUUUCCUCUCAUUUUACUAUUCUGGAUACGGGGGGAUGGACGAAGACACUGGACGAAUUUAUUUUCUCGAGAGCAAGCAGAAAUAUUACAUUGACGACAUUGUGAGCCUCUUUAUGAAACGGAAGGACUCUGAUAAGUUGUGUAUCAUUCUUCUUGAGCUGUGUCUCCCAGAGGAUUCUCCCGAUAUUCCUAUAGGACCUCUCCUCCUUCCAGCCUUUAAAAAUAUCGUAGUUGCUGUCUCUGGUCUCCACAAAGCAAGUGUGUGCCGCACUCCUGAAAAGGAAGGGAAGUGGACAAAGAAGUUGUGCGAAAAAAUAAGUGAAGGGAAAGAGCCUUUGGCUGUCCUGUUGGAUGAGGUCGGAGAGGAACUUCCAGAAAUAGGAGGACAGUAUGUGUACUCAUGUCCACUUUUUACUCUGAAAAAUCCUCCAGAUCUUGCUAUUGAUUGUACUAAGAAACAAAGCACUGUGCCCAUUUCUUAUACAAAAUCAGCCCCAGCUAACAUAAUGAAGAAGAGACCAAGGCCAAGAGAUGCAGCAACUCUCUUAGGCCAUGUUGCCUACAAAUGGAAGGAUAUUGGGAAGAAUCUCGGAGUCUCUAAUGAUAAUCUACAAAACCUUGAAGUCAUGCCUCAACCUGAUGUCACUAAGUUGAUGUGGAUGAUUAAUAAAGCUGACAACCUGACCUGGGCCUCACUUUAUACUGGAGUAUACAAUGUUGAUAAGUCUAAAGCUGAUGAAAUGAAAGCAAAGGUUAUGAAAGAUUCUGCCAUAUUCUCAAAUUAUCAUGAUAAUUAGUAAUUUGCCACUGACGUAUUUAAUCUAGUAUUUUUAAUGACUUUAAUAAAAAGCUUUUGUUCUUUUUACAGUA